AUGUGUGUGUGCGAGUGUGUUCGCCUUGACAGGGUUGUGUUCCAGGACUCAGUGUUUCUUCUCUGGACCGACUGAUCUGGAUCAUGUCUCCGCUGCUGCUGCUCCUGCUCGGCCUGCUGCCCCUGCUGCUGUGCCUCCUCCGCGGCAGAAACAGAAGAGACGGAGAACCUCCUCUGGUUAAAGGCUGGAUUCCUUUCAUUGGAAAAGCUCUGGAGUUUGGAAAAGAUGCUCAUAAGUUCCUGGAGGAACACAAGAAGAAGUUUGGAGACAUCUUCACUGUGCAGAUAGCAGGUAAAUACAUGACCUUCAUCAUGGACCCACUACUCUAUCCCAGCAUCGUCAAACAUGGCAAGCAGCUCGACUUCCAUGAGUUCUCCAACAAGGUGGCGCCCUACACCUUCGGCUACUCGCCGAUGAACAGGAGUUUUUCCGGGCUGCGGGAGCAGGUCCAGCGCUCCUUCCACCUGCUGCAGGGCGACAGCUUGACACUGCUGACAGAGAGCAUGAUGGGAAACCUGAAGCUAGUGUUCCGUCAGGACCACAUGGAGCGGGACGGCGGCUGGAGGAGCGGCAGCAUGUACGACUUCUGCCACUCAGUUAUGUUCGAGGCCACCCUCCUCACCAUGUACGGCAGGCCGCCGGCCAGCCGUCGCCACGGCGGCGUGGACACGCUGCGGAACAACUUCAUCAGCUUCGACAAGAAGUUCCCGCUGCUCAUUGCCCAGAUCCCCAUCUGGCUGCUGGGACGCACCAAAGCCGUCCGAGACAAACUCAUCCACUUCUUCCUGCAUGUGUCCGGUUGGUCCAACACAUCGCAGUUCAUCAGGAGGCGGGCGGAGAUUUUCGAGCAGUACGACACGCUAAGGGAUGUUGAUAAAGCAGCCCACCACUUUGCUAUCUUCUGGGCGUCGGUGGGGAACACGGUGCCGGCCACUUUCUGGACCCUGUACCACCUGGUGAGCCACCCGGUGGCGCUGCAGGCCGUUCGGCAGGAGAUCCAGGACGUCCUGCGGCAGGACGGCGUUGGGUGGAGCAGCGACGGCGACGUGACGCUAGGCCGACAGCAGCUGGAGCGACUCCUCUUCCUGGAGAGCGCCAUCAGGGAGAGCCUCCGCCUGUCCUCGGCCUCCAUGAACAUCCGGGUGGCCCAGGAGGACUUCGGUCUGCGGCUGGACGGAGAGCGCUCGGUGGCGGUCAGGAAAGGAGACUUCAUCGCCCUGUACCCUCAGAGUAUGCACCUGGACCCGGAGGUCUACCAGAACCCGCAGAUGUUCCGGUUCGACCGCUACAUGCAGGACGGCCAGCAGAAGACGAAUUUCUACAAGAACGGCCAGAAGCUGAAGUACUACCUGAUGCCAUUCGGCUCUGGCUCCUCCAAGUGUCCCGGCCGACACUUCGCCCUCAAUGAGAUCAAGCAGUUUGUGUGUCUGCUGCUGCUAUACUUCGAUCUGCAGCUGGAGGAUGGUCAGCCCAGAGCCUCGCUGGACACCAGCCGGGCCGGACUGGGAGUCCUGCUGCCCAACGUCGAUGUCCGCUUCCGCUACCGGCUCAGAACCCAACAACUGGACUGAAGCUGCUGCUUCCCCAGAGGUUGAAAGCUGUUGGGUGAUAUCUGCGGCUUCCCACAAACCUGAUGUUCAUCUAAAUCAGCAUGCAGCAGCGUGGAAGAGAAAAGGUUUGUUCAAAUCUGACAGUGGAGCACAAUGAUUUAGUCUUAAAAUCAGCAAAUCAUCGUGAUGAACAGUCCAACCCUAAGCCUGACCCAAAGACCAAACUUAGUCCUAAAUGAAACAAAUGGUCCAGAAUGAUUCAACAUUUGGAUGGAUGGAUGGAUGGAUGAUGGAUGGAUGGAUGCAUGGAUGAUGGAUGAAUGGAUAGAUGGAUGGAUGGAUGGAUGGUCCAGAAUGAUUCAACAUUUGUCCAAAAUGUCUCAAACUUUCCCAAAAUGAUGACAAAUUGUUCAGAAUGACUUGAAAUGUGUCUACAAUCAUAAAAACGUGUUGAAAAUCUGUCCUCAAAUUACUACAACUGGUCCAAAAUGAUCAGAAUGGUCCAGAAUGAUUCAACAUUUGUCCACAGUGACUCUAAGAGUCAUCCAGAAUUACAUAAGUUUGACUAAAAGGACCAAUAAAAUAAAUGCAGCUCGGUUCAGAAACCAGCAUCCAGAGGAGCAGGUAGUGGAAAGUCUGUAAAAGCAUAGAUAGCUCAACGUCUGCAGAUAUUAGAUCAAAGUUUAACAUCUUAGGAAACGUGGUGGUUCCAUAUUUUUAUAGUUUUGUAAAAUAAUCAAAGCAUUUCUCUGUCAUUCUUCAUGAUGUUCUGGUUCCACAGAGCUGCAGGACUUUAAAACCUCCUGAGACCCAGGAAAAAAAGUUUAGUCAUUUUGAUUUUUUUACAUAAAUGAUGUAUUGGGGUGGUAAAGAACAUAUUGCAUUUUUUUUAACUUAACUUUAUUAACAUUUGAUAACGUGCACUGUAUUGCUCAAUAGGACGUCAUUGAUGUUUAAUGUGAAACAUUAACAAAGUAACAAAGCUGAUCAUGAAAAUAGCUCAUCUGGAAUCUUCCAUUAAAUAAAACAUGUAUGAACAUAUUUGUUUUAAAACAUACAUUAAAACUUCACAGAAACUUCACAAUAACAGUUCACAUUGACUCUGCACUAGCCAAAAGGGUGUGUAGCGAUGGCUGUGAUCAGUCACAAAAAGGUGUGUAACUCCCUGAUGGCUUCAUGAAAUACCACAAAACUUUGGCUCAAGGUUGGUCAGAGGCUAAUAAAGACCUGAUUAAUCGGAUUCAGAAAAGUUUAUUUGUUCCCAGGGGGCAAUUAAAAAUGCACGUAGAGCAGGCAGUGCAACAAUGACGUAAUAAAGAGAGGGAUAAAUAUAUAUACAAAUCUAGCAAGUAAUAGAAGAAUAAAAAUAAAAAGAGAAAUAAGACAAAAACACAGCUUGGUAACAUAUUAGUGCAAAUACGAAUGAAAGUAGGUGCAAUAUGGCAAUGAGGUAGAUACAGAAUAUAUCACGGUAGAUAUAAACAACAGAGUUCCCAGAGGUCCAUGUUAAAGUCCAUGUGUGGUGGUGGAGGUGGUGUGUAGUGGUGGGGGGAGGUUUUAUGGUUCAUGAGUUGAGGACUUGGACUGCCCUGGGUACAAAGGUAGACCUUCUCCUCUGUGUCCUGCAUGCAGGGCAGUGAAGCCGUCGACCAGAAGGAAGCCACUCAGAUGCAGAGUAGAGAUCAUGUGAAGGUCACGUAUGAUCCAGUUUGCCAGUCUACAUGUUAACAGUUCAAACACUGCAGACAGAGUUCUGAGAGGAAGGCCUAUGAUUUUAGAGCAGACAGUGACAGUCCUCUGCAGGUAGAUUCUGUUCUGGAGGCUGAUGGAGUAGAACCAGCAGGUGAUGGAGAAGGUGAUGGUGCUCUCUAUGAAGGAGUAAUAGAAUGUCUGGAGAAUGUUCUUAUUUACUCCAAAAGAGUUGAGCUUCCUUAGGAGAUACUGCCUCUGGUGACAUUUCCUGAUAAUCUCCUCUGUGUUAGAGGAGAAUUUCAGCUGGCUGUCAAAGAUGGUUCCCAGAUGUUUGUACUCCUCCACAAGCUCAACAGGCAUUCCAUGGAUGUUGGUGGUGACAGCUGUAGCCAGCGCCAUCUGCUGGUUGGAAAAGGUCACCACCAUCUCCUUGGUUCUUUAACAUUCAGCUCCAGACAAGAGUCAUCACCACAAGUCCACAACCUCCUGGAGGACUGAGCUGUGGGACUGAGAAGGUCCUGACAGCAGAGACAGGAGGACUGUGUCGUCUGCAUAUUUGACCAGGUGGGAAUUGGACUGUGUGGAUCUGCAGUCAUCCGUGUAGAGGAUGAAGAGUAGUGGAGAGAGGACACAGCCCUGAGGAGAACCACUGGAGGUGUGUAGUAGAUCAGAGAAGGUGUUGUUGACCCACACUCUCUGUGAUUUGUGGGUUACAAAGUCCAAUAAUCACAGGAUGAGCUGAUCAUCCAGGUGGAAGCAGGAGGAGAGUCUGUGAGCCAGGAUGUGAGGCUGGAGGGUGUUAAAUGCCGAGGAGAGGAGUGUUGCUGAGGUGUUUGGGUGUUCCAGGUGACGGUGUAAAGUGUCCAGAAUGAAUAUUUUGGCAUCAUCAACACCCCUGCUCGACCGAUAUGCAAAUUGGCGAGGGUCAAUCUGUGAGUUAGUUACUUCAUCACAAGGGAGGUGGAAGUCAUUGAGGAUUUGGUUGUAUUCUUCUUGGGGAUGGGGAUGACUGUGGAGUGUUUCCACAACUGAGGAACUGUCCAGCUGUCCAGGGAGUUUUGGAAGAGGGUCUGAAACACACCUCCCAGCUGUUCUGCACAGUGCCUGAGCACACGACCACUGAUGUUGUCCAGGCCGGGUGAACUGGUUGUUGGUGGAGUCACACUGGAACCAGCUGAAUGGGUUAACUGGUAGAGGGUGAACUGGUCUCUCUGGUCCUCCUCAGGGCUCUCGUCACAUCCUCUAUGUUGAAGGUGAGUGUGUAGUCAGUGGGAUGAAGUGUGGUCCUGAUCUCUUCCAGUUGUGUGUUGUCUCUUUCAAAUCUGGUGUAAAAAGAGUUGAGGUCAUUGGGAAGAGAUGCAGGGCUGCUGCCAUCCACAUGGAUGGUGUUUCUGUAGUUGAUAGCAGCGUUCACAGCAGGAUGUUCUUCAGGCCUUGCCAAGCUGAGCGGAGGUUCCCCUCAGUGAAUUUAUCCUCAACUUUGCUUUUGUACUUCAGCUUGGCUGCUUUUACUUCCCUGUUGACCUCUUUCUUCUCUAGUUCAGAGCCAGUGAAAAAGACCCUUUUCUUCUUGUUUAGUAGAUAUCUUAUCUACGCUCUGAAAACACACUUAAAUUACUCUUUAGAUUUUUAUUUACUAUAAGCAGUCAAAAUAUAGCAUAAAAACAGUUUAAAUAUGAAUAUCUUCCUUGCCUUUCUUCCUGUCGUAAAAUGUGCUCACUGGGAUGGCUACCAUUUUGAAAAGACCGACAAAGGGAGUUGGCAAGACACACCCCCACACAUGUGAUGUCAUUUAAAGCUAAGAUUGUCCCCUUUAAAGAACAUCAGGACUUAAAAUUGUGGCUCAUAUAGUAUUGGAGAAAUGAACAAGAAACUAAUGUGCACUACAGUACACUAAAAUGAAUUUCCGGGUCUCAGGACUUUAAAGUGUGAGUCUGAACUUUCCUCCAUGUCUAAGAUUUACAUUCUCCCAUUUCUCUGCUGCCCUGAAAUGUGAGUUUUUAUUUCCUGCCACCAAUAAUGUGACUAAACUGAUCUAAAUGUGAGCAACUGUGAAACAAAAGUCCAGAUGUCUGAGUAAUAAACACUAAACUUUGCACUUGAAUGUGGAGAAACUGUAGAAGAUUCUGACCUGAUGUGUUUCACUAGAUUAUUGAUGCAAUAAUUAAUGAGUUUUGAAAGACUGAAUGUUUAGCAGAACUUCUCCUGUUCACGAGCACUAUUCUGUUCUUAAACUAGUCUUCAAAUGUCCCACUGGACUUUCAUUUAUUUUAGAAUAAUAUAUCCUUUUAUUAAAAUAGCGUUUUUCUAAUGUGAUGUUCUGUCUGACUCACUCUGACUGAAUGAACUUCAUUAUAAUUCAGUUUGUAAGAAGAUAUAACACUUUCUGUACCGAUGGGUUUCAUGAAACUGAUUUUAUAAACUAAAGGCUGAUCAAUGUGUCGGUGUGAGUGAAUAUAUCUGAUCACAACCACAGCGAUUAAUCAAUUAAUUUGAUCUAUUUUCAUCAUUAAAUCAUCAGUUUGUCUAUUUUGAAAUAAAUCAGUCUAAAUUCUGUGA